UCCUGCCGAUGAGUCGUACAACGUUUGCUAGAUCGUGUGAACGCAGUUGUUUCGUCAGCGACGAUGCAGCUUAGUGGACCGUGAUAUUUUCAGAAAUUUCAUAGUCAGAUCGUCGGAACGUAAUUCUCGAGCAACGUCUUACAGGUUAGGUUGCUCUAUUUCCUGAGUCAAAAUGGAAUCAAUGGACGCGCGCCUUGUUGCGCAGGCAUUAAACUACCAUGGUCAGCAGUUGCAGAAAGUGUGGGAAGGAGAACGCAACGAGAAUGAGUUGGCUAUGCUCAAUCUCAAGGAACCCAAUUUUGAAAUUUAUCAACAGAGACAGAAAACACUUAGCUUCGGAGAUAGAGGAAAAAGACUGAAGCUUCAGCAAUUCCUCGCUAAGAAAGCAGAUGCUCUUUAUGAUAAAGCAAAUCUUGAGAAGACUAUAGAGCCUAUUAAGCAAGAAUUAGGAGAUGAAGAAUUUUAUGCAACAAUGCCAGGACUCGAUACUUUUGUCACUAUGGAAAAAUCUCAACGUAUCAGAAACUUCUUGGAAAGUUUAGUUGUCGGAGAUGUAAUUUAUGCACAAGUGAUGAGUAAAAGUGCUCCUGGUCUUCUUCUGAAGGUUCUUUGCAACUGCUCUGAUUGUCCUAGAGUUGUUACUGAGUUAGGAGUAAAGGUUCUAAUAUUGAAUACGGCCACUGUGCCGGCGGUGGACAAGAAAGGUGUUACAAGAGGCUACAUGGCAAAUGAUCUCGUCUGCGUCGUAGUCAGUGAAGUUAACGUUGAGGCGGAACGAGUCGUUGCAGUAAUGAACAUGCCUGCCCGCGAGGGCCAAGCCCCACAUCCACCUAUGGGUCUUAUUCAUUCUGACGAUCUUCCAGAAGCUUAUAAGAAAGCUGUGGACAACAAAGGUCAGAGUUAUGAAACGCUCUUGGAGAAUAGUACUGGCUUCAACAACCCAAACAACAUAAAAUAUCUUUGUGACUUGAUGGGUCUAGGGCAAGAAAAUCAUUCUAACAUGGUUGGCCUAAGAGAACGUUUUCCUCCCAAUGAAUAUGCAUCAGAAUUGAGACAGGCACAAGCAAGCAAGUGGGCAUUCCGAAGUGUUGCCGAAGGAAUAGAUCACUUCAAAGCUGGCCGCCAUUCUGAAGCCUUUCAGUGUCUUAAUAAAGCACUAUCAGUUGACCCAAGAAAUGUUGAAGGCUUAGUUGCUAGAGGAGCAUUGUACGCGAACAGCGGUAGUUUCAAGAAAGCGAUCGACGAUUUUGAAACUGCUUUGAAACUGAAUCAAACUCAUGCGAAUGCUCGUAAAUAUAUGGCCGAAACUCUGGUAGCACUUGGACGCAGUUACGAAGACGAAAAGAAAUAUGAUGAAGCUCAGAAAGCUUAUGAAAAUUGCUUAGCUAUAGCACCAUAUCAUGAAGAGGCACGAAAUUCUAUCGAAUAUAUCAAAUCAAAGACUCUAACGUCUUCUUUGAAUCCCCUUGAUACGUUUAAAAGUUUCGAAACUGAAAACGACGUUGGCGACAAUAAAAAGGAGAAAAAGAAACGUAAGAAGGAAAGAAAAUCUCGAUCAAAAAAAAGACAAAGAUGGAGCUCCAGUUCUAGUUCGUCAUCGAGUGGAUCAUCGAGUACAUCUAGUUCGGAUUCGAGCAGUUCCUCGUCUUCUGGGAGUUCGCGAUCUGCAUCUCGUUCGCCAAGCAGAAAACGGAAACAUAAGAAAGAUCAUCGUGGAUCACUUUCGCCUCUUAGCAAGCGAAUGGCUCAAUACAACAAUCCUCCGGCUGCUACAACCGCCGCUCAUGAUGUAAUUGCACCAGUUUCUUAUAAUGCUAAUACCCGGGAAAAGAUGGAUGAUUAUGAAAUUAAAGUGCGCAAGUUUUUGGAACAAACCAAGGAUGAUUCAGAUUACGAAGAUAAGGUAAGGAAGUUCUUGGAAGAAACUGCAAGAUGGAAGAGAGAAAGGGAAAAGGAAAAGAAGCAUUCGGAAAGUGAAAAAAUGAAGAAAAAGAAGAAAAAGGAGAAGAAAGGAAAGGAUAAGGAGAAGGAGGAUAAGAAGAGUAGAAAGAAGAAGAAGAAAGAGGAACGAAAGAAGCGUAAAAAUAAGGAUAAACUUGAAAGAGAUUUGGAGGCAUUGAAAAAGUCGUCUUUACCAGAUUUGGAACAACUCGAAUCGAAACUAAAUGCUUAUUAUGCGAAAGUUGAAAAAGAAACAGCUGUCCUAAAAAGGUAUGUAGCACAGUAUAAUGACAUACCUUCCCCUCUUAGCAACGCGGAGAAGCUCGCGGAGAGCUCACGCAGGGAGGAGGAACUACGUAGAGAGAGGGAAAGGGAGAGAGAUGAGGCAUCAAAAGCGUAUCAUGAACGAGAACCCAGAAUACCCAUGACCGCUCAGCAGCGUAAAGAAAUUCAGAGGAAGCCUUUAACGGACAUUUUUGAACAAGAGUCACAGUUAAUUCAUCCUGAACCUAAAGUACCUACUUUAGAUACAGCUGCGUUAAAUGCUAAAUGGAAGGCUGCUCAAGCGGCUAGUGACGAAGACGAUGACAACGAGCUAGAGGAGAAACUGCAGCGAGCAGCGUUAGAAAAGUCAUUGAAUAUUCGCAAACAGAUGCAACGAGAAUUGGCGGAGAAGAGAGCAGCAGCUGCCCAACCGAUGUCUGCCCCUACACCACCGCCACCAUUACCUAAGGAACCUCCGAUACCGAAACAAGCACCAGUGAAAUAUCCUACUCCGCAACCGCAGAACAAGUUUCAAUCUUACAAGGACCCUACUAUAUCAGUACCUCAAGGUACACCGAAUAAGUUCAGCUCCGGCAGCAAUCUCGGUGGUAAAUUCCAACCGAUCGGUCAAUGUCCUGGAAGUGGAGGUGGCCAUCCACCGGAACCUCCGCGUCCACCGCCACCAGCAAAGAAUCAGAAUCAGGCUAAAGGGCCAAGAACGGAUUCCGAUAGUGAGACUGAUCGACAGCACAGACAGACGCCUAAGAAACGCGAAUCAAGUGGUAGAGGAGGUGGUACGGUUUCCAAGAGAAUGAGCAGAGACAGACCAGGAAAGCGUUCUCGUAGUAGAUCUCGCAGUGCAUCCAGUUCUGGUUCCUCGAGAUCUCGAUCUCCAAGGCGAACACGUUCGCGUUCUUAUUCCAACAGAAGAUCCGGCAGUUACGAAAGAAAAUACAGCCGUUCGCCGUCCGGUACAUAUAGUCGAUCAAGGUCAAGAUCACGAUCAAGAUCUUAUACUAGGAGUCGUAGUCGCAGUAGGUCCGGCGACAGAGGCUAUUAUCGCAAGAGACAAUUUCGUUUGUACAAUAAUCGUGGGACUUAUUACAAGCCACGCUUUCAAGGCUUUAACAAUCCUAAUCAUCGUGGCGGUGGCAAUAACUUCCAAAACAGAAAUCGAUUCUACAAUAAUCAACACAACAAUCGUUUCGGCAAUAGACGUGGCGGUGGAUUCAACAAUCGCGGCGGUGGACGUGGACGUGGUGGCAACCGUGGUGGUAGAUUUUUCCACGGUAAGCAGGGCUUCCGCGAUUUCAGGGACAGGCGAGACUUUAGAGAUCGUCGGGCAGUAUCACGCGAUAGAUAUAGCGAUCGCAGUUAUUCACCCGAUCCAAUGAGAAAAGUUGACGAAGCCAAAGAGAAAAUCAACAAGAUGCUCGAAGGCGGUGACGACGUAAUGGAUCAUCAGCAAGGUGCCGGAGGAUCAAGCGUUCCUCCCAAUAAGAGACAAGAUGGACCUCUGAGCGAGGGCGAAGAACGCGAUGAUGAUGACUACGAGAGGUGGGGAGAGGGAGAGGGGGGCGACGCGGCUAACAAGAGCGAGGAAGUUGGAGCUGUCGACGAUAACCUGGAAGGCAAGGAGUACUUCAUUGAACGCAUGAAGCAGCGAAGCAAGAAUGUAUUAAUGCAGAGAGCCCUUGCAGCUAAGAUUUGGUAGAUAUGCGUGCCGUUGCCGACGCUGUUUCUUCUCUUCUCCUUCGUCUGUGAUAUUCUCUAUUUCCUCACGUUGGCUGUGCCUAGUCACCAGCGAUCGACCAAUUCACGUGAGAUAAUCUUUUAUAAUUUUUCGUACCGAUAACGUGCGGUACAUAUACAUAAAUAUUAUCAAGUAAUAAAUAUCACGGACGUUAAUUAUUGAAAUUAUUAACUGGCGGCCAUUAUGAUCGUUAAGAAUCCUUUUAUCUUAAUUACCAACGAACUCUUUCUCGUUCGUCCUUUUUUGCGGAUAUAUCAUUAAAUGUAUAAUAUCGAGACGAUCGUGUAUAGUUUAUUAUUAUAUAUCUACGUUUCAUCCGUAUUCGUAAAUAAAAUCGUACGAGACAUUCUUUUGCUCGGUUUUGCAAGAGGAAACCCAAAACUACUACUACUACUACUACUACUGCUACUACUACUAGUACUAAUAUUACUAUUAACUAUUAAACAUUACUACUAUUAUUACUAUUACUACUACUACUAUGUUAUAUCUUAUAUAUAUGUAGCGAACGUGUGAAUGCGCUCGAUAUAUUAUAUAUCUAUCGUAAUAAUAACGGGAAAAAGAAUUCAUUCGUAUCGAACUUUGAAGACUCUCGCUACGGAUCGUCGAGGAUAUAAUAUAUGUAUACCAUGUUUCUACGGAGUAAGAAAUCGGAUGAUCAUUAUUUUAGCAAACUACAUCGCGAAUUUUUUCUUCUUUAACUUCUUCAAACGUAGUUCGUAAGUUGUAUGAUAUGCCGUUUUCUUUUUUUCUUUUUUUCUCUCUCUCAUUUUUUUUCUUUUUCUUUUUCUUUUUCUUUUUCUUUUUCUUUUUCUUUUUUCUUCUUCCCUUUUUCUUUUUCUUUUUUCUUUUUCGAUCACAAUGGAAACGUCAAAUUUGGCUCUGGGUUUGAUUCUUAUCUCGCGAGUGGCUUUUCAUAUUACAUCUAUCUAUAUAUAUAUAUAUAUAAAUAUAUAUAAAUAUAUAUAUAUAUAUAUAUAUAUAUAUAUAUAUAUAUCAUCUUAUCAGAAACUCUUUCUUUAUUAAUUUAAAAUGAUUUAUUAGAUUUCGUUUGUACAUUUCUUAACAAAUGUGAAAACUCGUUACGACAAAAAAAAAAAGAUAAAUAAAAAAUAAAAAGAAAAAAAAACAUCUAAGCAUAAUCAAAAGAAAAAAAAAAUAGAAAGAAAGAAAGAAAAAUAAGUCAGUUGAUUUAUGCAGAUCAUAAAGUAAACGAUUUUAUCAUUAAUUAUUCUUGACAAUUCAAUAACAAUUUUAAUUGUUUCAUGAAAGAUCAUGUAUUAUUGGACCCCCUCUCCCCUUACCGUUGCGCGCGGUUUUAGAAUUUGCGAUACAUUCUGCGUUGUUUUGCUCAAAUACAAAACAAACUAUGCAUAUUUAGAAUGAUAGUCAUUUUACUCCUUUGAUCGCGUGAUCUUAUUAGAGCGUCCCUUUGCAGAUAUACGUUUCAUUAAGGAAAAAAAAAAUAAAAAAAUAAAAAAAAUAAAAAAAUAAAAAAAAAAAGAAAGAAAAAAAAUACAAACCUUGUUACUAUUUCCUUCUCUUUAAUACGAGAGCGCUUAUUUUAAGAUAUAUUACAAAUAAUUUACGUAGUAGGACACAUAUAUGUUACAUGUAAACGAGUUGCUGUACAAUUCAAUCAUCCAAAAAAAUAUAUAUAAUUGUAAAACUACAAA